ACGGAACGGACGGUUUCAAAUGAAACUAAUAUUUUGUUUAGGAAAAAAAGGAAUUAUUGAAUUUUUAUGCUAAUUCAAAUUUAUUGACUGUCUAAAACAUCAAAAUAUUCUCAUUUUCUACAAAGAAAAUGUACAUUUUGUUUUUUCAAUGCAAUGACACUUGUUAGCCAUCCAGGUUUACUUAUCACACAGAUACACGUGUACUCACGACACGAACCUAUCUACAAGCGUCAACUCAUCAAACAAAAAGAAGAAACUUUGCAAGUAAUAUUCCGUAAGAACACCGGCGCUCGAUAGUUUUCUUCUUUCCGUAUAUAACAUUUUUUUUAUCAAUCAAACUUUCUUUUAAUGACAUUCUAAGUGAUAGAGUUAAACAAACUUUAAUACGGGUUAAUUUUUCUAAACGUAAGAUGAAAAUCGUAGCCACAAUUUUGUGUGCCGCUGCAAUUUUGACAAGCGUCAUUACAGUUGAUAGAAACAACUUUAAAACAUGUGAACAAAGCAGUUUUUGCAGACGAUGUCGCAAAGUUGAACACAACAACUCACCAUUUGAAUUAGUACCAGCCACGUUAAACACAUACUCAGAUUCGAUCACAGCUGACCUUGUCAACAAAAAUAAUGGCCAUAUCUUUGUGCUCAAAGUAGAAGGUGUUCAGGGUGAUAUUUUCCGCGUUACAAUCGAUGAGAAAACACCGCUGAAAAAAAGAUAUCGUGUCACCGAUGCUUUGAAAGAGCCCGUCAAACCAGAUGUUAUCAAAGUGACAGAGUCAAAAACCGAUCUCAUCGUCACAUGUGGACCAAAUAAGGCUGUCAUCCAUGCCAAUCCAUUCAAAAUUGAUUUCUACCGAAACGAAGUCUUGUUUGUAUCGACCAACGCCAAGGGAUUGUUCAAGUUCGAACACUAUCGCAAGAAACCAGUACCUCCACCUGAAGGAGAAGAAAAUAAAGAACAAGAACAACCAAAGGAUGAAGUUGAUGAUGAACCAGGCGCUUGGGAAGAAGACUUCAAAUCACAUCGUGAUUCAAAACCAAACGGACCAGAAGCAGUCGCAUUGGACUUUACAUUCCCACAAGCUAGCAUUCUUUUCGGUAUUCCGGAACAUGCUGACUCAUUUGCAUUGAAAUCAACACUGGGUGGUGAACCAUACCGUCUAUACAAUUUGGAUGUGUUCGAAUACGAAUUGGACAAUGGCAUGGCGUUGUAUGGCUCAGUUCCAGUUGUCUAUGGUCAUGGAACAAAAGGAACCGCCGGUGUCUUCUGGAUGAAUGCGGCUGAAACAUGGGUUGAUAUUUACAACCGUAAUUCAGAAAAGAAUGUUUUGUCUUCAAUCGUAAAUAUGGUGUCUGGCUCGGACACUGAACCACUUGCGGCCCAUUUCAUGUCAGAGAGCGGUAUCGUUGAUGCAUUCAUCUUGUUGGGAGAAUCACCACAAAAUACAUUCAAACAGUACACCGAUUUGACUGGUGUAGCUCCAUUGCCACCGAAUGCUGCUUUGGCUUUCCACCAAUCCCGAUGGAACUAUAAUGAUGAAAAAGAUGUUGUUACCGUUAGCGAAAACUUUGACGUUCAUGACAUUCCCAUGGAUACGAUGUGGUUGGAUAUCGAAUACACCGAUGACAAAAAAUACUUCACUUGGGAUUCACGGACAUUUCCACAUCCAUUGGAAAUGAUUGCAAACUUGACAGCACGUGGUCGUCACUUGACAAUCAUCAUUGAUCCACACAUCAAAACAACGAACAGCUACUAUGUACACAACGAUCUUACUGAACACGGCUAUUAUACAAAAACUAAGGAUGGAAACGUCUAUGAUGGUUGGUGUUGGCCAGGUGCAUCAAGUUAUCCAGAUUUAUUCAAUCCAGCCGUUCGAAAAUAUCUAGCUGACCAAUACCUUUUGGAGAACUUCAAGACAUCAACUAAUGAUGUGUUCAUUUGGAACGACAUGAAUGAGCCGAGUGUGUUCAACGGGCCAGAAAUAACAAUGCCAAAGGAUAAUUUACAUGACACCGAAAUGGGAACAUAUGAACAUCGUGUGGUGCAUAAUUUGUACGGUCACAUGCAGUUGAUGUCAACUUUCGACGGUCUUGUUCGUCGUGGAUAUGGUAAGCUGCGUCCAUUUGUCUUGAGUCGUAGCCAUUUCUCCGGUAGUCAACGUUACGCUGCCAUUUGGACGGGAGAUAAUAUGGCUGAAUGGGGUCAUUUGCAAGCGUCUUUGAAGAUGUGCCUAUCAGAAUCUGUCAGUGGGUUCUCGUUCUGCGGAGCUGAUGUUGGCGGUUUCUUCAAAAAUCCAAACGCAGAAUUGCUGGAACGUUGGCAUCAAACCGGAGCCUUUCUACCAUUUUUCCGUGCCCACGCACACAUCGACACGAAACGGCGUGAGCCAUGGCUUUUCCCAGAAGCCACGAAACUUGUCAUCCGUGAUGCAAUUCGUAAGCGAUACACCUAUCUGCCAUUGUGGUAUGUGUUGUUCUACGAACACGAACGCUACGGUUACCCAGUGAUGAGACCACUUUUGAGCCAUUACCCAAAUGAUCCAGAGGCGUUCGCCAUUGACAACGAAUUCUUGCUGGGCGACAAACUCUUAGUUCAUCCAGUGACACAAGAAGGCGUUACCAAAGUUGAUGUGUAUUUCCCACGUAACAGCCCAACUGGUGACGGUGAUUUGUGGUACGACGUUGAUGAUUUCACAUUAUACGAUUCAGUCGGUUACGUUACUGUUCCAGUGAAUAGCUACAAGAUUCCAGUUUAUCAACGCGGAGGCGCAAUUAUACCGAAGAGAGAACGUGUUCGUCGUGCAGCGACAUUAAUGAAGAACGAUCCAUACACUUUAAUAGUCUGCUUGGAUCGAUUCAAGGAGGCCAAUGGCACUCUCUAUGAAGAUGAUGAAGAAAGCUACGGAUACCGCAACGGAAAAUACGUUUACUCACAAAUUGAGUUCAAAAACAAUGUUCUCAGCAGCAAAUUGAUCGAUCCGACUGCAACAUUCGAAACAUUGGCUUGGAUCGAACGUGUCGUCAUUGCUGGUUUGGACAAAGCCCCACAAUCAGCCACACUUUCAACCUCAUCCAAACGUGUCACACUUGAUGUCAUCAAGCACGAACGUGCAUACACCAUUCGUAAGCCUGCCGUUAACAUUGCUGAAGAAUGGGAAAUUACUUUGAAUUACUAGAAUUUUGUUUAGAAACAUUAAGUAGAUUUCGAAUUUUAAAUGAAAUAUCACCGAAAAAAAAAACUGACAAAAAUAAUGAUAAAAUAAGUGAAAAACCACAAAUUAAUUUGCAACCAUAGAUGGUCACCGAAUUUUUUUGUUUUUUUACCAUAAAACCGAUUUCAAAACAUCCAUAGUUUAUCGUUGGUUAAAUCAUCUAUCAAAUAUAAAUGUGAUUUUGUAAUUAUAAAUUGUGUAUUUCUGGAUACAAUAAAAAUUUAAUAAAACAAAACCUGCGGAAAAUGGAA